AUGCACUAUAUCCCCUACGUUCUCGGCUAUCUUACGCUCAUCGCCGGCGCGAAAGCUCGGUACAACAAGCUCUUCACCAGCCAUCCCGCGUUCGCUGACCAUCCCUUCCCCACAAUCCCAAUCGAAUGCCCCGAGCUAGGUCGGUCAGGCGUUUACCUCGACAAGGACCACACAUCCGAAGGCGCGGGUUUGGUUCCGGCUCUUACAUGGCCUGCCCCAGCCGAUGACUUUGACGAAUACCUUCUCAUCAGCGAGGACCCGGACGCGCCGAUUCCCGAAUCUGUCAUCCAUGGGAUAUACUAUCGGAUUCCACGCGAGAAGACCGGUGUUCAGAAUCCUGAUUUCCGUGUUAAGAAGAACAGUCCGGAGCAAUACAUGCUUCGAGGUGGAUUCAAAUACGGGAAGAACAGGCAUGGCACGGUUUACAUGCCGCCUAGUCCCUUUUUCGGUCAUGGGCCACAUCGCUACUUCUUCGAGCUUAUCGCGUUGAACAACUCUCUUGAGACCGAGCCGAUAAAUGACAUGGUGACCCUCGAUGAGGUCCGUCAAGCAAUUCAAGGGAAAGUUGCUGGCUGGGGCGAAUGGGUUGGAGUUUUCGAGAGCCCUUCAACUUAG